GUGUUCUCUGUACAUUUCUGACCUCUAAUUCAAGUUUCAGUUUCUGGGUUUUCGUUCUUUCCUCUGCUUCCUGCUCUAAUUCGUUUCUGUUUCUGGGUUCUCGUUGCUCCUUUGUUUGAACAUUAAACGACCCUUAUUGGAGUUCUUUCUGUUUGCUCAAGAAAGCUUUGUAAUUUGAGUCAAAGAUUCAUGCUUUCUGGGUUUUAUGUAGGAUUCUUUCCCCAGUAGCCAAACAAGAAGAGAAAAUCAUCGUCACUAUGUUGGUUAAUGCCUCUCUGGCUCUGUUUCUGCUUCUCGCCUUCGCAAGCGCUUUUGUAUCUAUUGCUCGGGUUCACAGCCACAACAAUCACAAGCCAAAUGGCUCAACUCUCGCCGGCAUAGAGUUUCCGGAGCAUAUGAGCUUCAAUGCUGUGUCCUCUUCAUCCCACAACGGUUGCGGCUUCGGAAGAGCAGAGUCAACAACCACGGCAUCAGCGCCGAACGAAGAAUGUGAUGAAGAAGAAGAUGAAGAUGAAGCAGUUGGUCCACAAAAGCAAUCAGUGAAGCUUCACUUGAGGCACGAGAAAAACUCUGUUUUCGAGUCCACCAUCAAAGACUUGACCAGAAUUCAAACUCUGCAUACCAGAAUUGUCGAGAGGAAGAACCAGAACACCAUUUCAAGGCUACAGAAAGACAAGAAGUCCCCCACAAAGGAGGUUGUUGUUGCUGCUCCGGCAGCCUCGCCGGAGUCUUAUGUCAGUGGCAGCCAGCUUGAGGCGACGUUGAAGUCCGGGGUGAGCCUCGGCUCUGGAGAGUACUUUAUGGAUGUUUUCAUUGGUACACCUCCUAAACACUUUUCUUUGAUACUUGAUACCGGUAGUGACCUCAAUUGGAUUCAAUGUGCACCUUGUUAUGAUUGUUUUGAGCAAAACGGACCUCAUUAUGAUCCGAAAGACUCAACUUCAUUCAGCAACAUAGGCUGCCAUGAUCCGAAGUGUCAGUUGGUUUCAUCUCCUGAGCCUCCUCAGCCUUGCAAAGCUGAGAACCAGACAUGUCCUUAUUUCUAUUGGUAUGGGGAUAGUUCUAACACAACUGGGGAUUUUGCUCUUGAAACUUUUACUGUUAAUCUUACAUCACCUGCUGGGAAGGCUGAGUAUCGAAAAGUUGAGAAUGUGAUGUUUGGAUGUGGCCAUUGGAAUAGAGGCCUGUUCCAUGGGGCUGCAGGGCUAUUGGGGCUAGGGAGAGGGCCUCUCUCCUUUGCUUCUCAGCUUCAAUCACUAUAUGGUCAUUCAUUUUCGUAUUGUCUUGUUGAUAGAAACAGCGAUACGAAUGUCAGCAGCAAAUUGAUAUUUGGGGAGGACAAGGCCUUAUUGAGCCACCCUCAAUUGAAUUACACUUCCUUGGUUGCUGGCAUAGACAACCCUGUUGAUACAUUUUACUAUGUUCAGAUCAAAUCUAUCCUAGUCGGAGGAGAAGUGGUGAAAAUCCCGGAGGAUGCUUGGAAAUUGUCAUCAGAAGGGGCAGGAGGUACAAUAAUUGAUUCAGGUACUACAUUGAGUUACUUUGCGGAUCCUGCCUAUGAGAUCAUCAAGGAGGCAUUUCUGAAGAAGAUUAAAGGGUAUCCGGUAGUGAAGGACUUUCCGGUUUUGGAUCCUUGCUACAAUGUGUCUGGAGUUGAGAAACUGGAGCUACCAGAAUUUGCAAUUGUGUUUGCAGAUGGAGCUGUUUGGGAUUUCCCAGUUGAGAACUACUUCAUCCAGAUUGAACCUCAAGAGGUUAUUUGCUUAGCGAUUUUGGGGACUCCUAAAUCUGCUCUUUCAAUUAUUGGUAACUAUCAGCAGCAGAAUUUUCACAUCCUUUAUGACACAAAGAAGUCUAGGCUGGGAUAUGCACCAAUGAAUUGUCUUGAUAAUUGUUUAUCCCCAUUGCGUAUCAGAGUUGGACUAUUAUUUUGUAUGGAGGUCGCUUGUCCUGAAAUUGAAUACAGAUCAAAAGCUGGUCAAUUGUUAGUCGCCGAAGAGAGAGAGUUUUGGAGGCAGCAGCAGCACUCUCAGCACUCACAGCCGUCUCUCCUCCUCGUAUCUCAAAUGGCUCCUUUCAGGUAUCAUCAGUACCAGGUUGUGGGGAGAGCUCUCCCAACUGAGAAGGAUGAGCAUCCCAAGAUCUUCCGCAUGAAGCUGUGGCACACCAAUGAGGUCCGUGCCAAAUCCAAGUUUUGGUACUUCUUGAGGAAGUUGAAGAAGGUUAAGAAGAGCAAUGGGCAAAUCUUGGCCAUCAAUGAGAUUUUUGAGAAGAACCCAACUACAAUCAACAACUACGGUAUCUGGCUGCGAUACCAGAGUAGGACUGGUUAUCACAACAUGUACAAGGAGUACAGAAACACAACUCUGAAUGGUGCUGUAGAAGACAUGUACACUGAGAUGGCCUCACGUCACAGGGUGAGGUCUCCGUGCAUCCAAAUCAUUAAGACAGCAACUAUUCCAGCAAAGCUCUGCAAGAGGGAGAGCACCAAGCAGUUCCACAACUCCAAGAUCAAGUUCCCAUUGGUUCUCAGGAAGAUCAGGCCCCCAUCCAGGAAGCUCAAGACAACUUACAAGGCAUCCAGGCCCAACAUCUUUAUGUAAUCCUGCUACAUGUGCUGUCUUUCCUUCAUCGGAAGCAUUGUGCUUUAGCUAAACUAGAUGGAACUAGGAAUGAUCCAAAUAUUUCUUUACUUUUGUUUGUUGGGGAGUAUGAACAUCUGUUAUCUAGGGUGUUUCAGUUUUGAAGAUUAUGUGGUUUUAUAAGAUAUUGAAUUUAAUGAGCUUGGCACUUUGUUUUAUGAUAAAAUUUCAGUAUGCGCUUUGUUUGCUUUA